AUGAUCCACUUGCUGAACCCGUCAGAGUGGGUUGCUCCGUUGGUUCCCCUCUUUGCUCUGGUCAUUCUCCCAUUGGGACCUAUAUUCAUCCCGAGGGCGUAUCUGGUCAUCCUCUUUGUCUACUUUACCGUCUUUCUCUACACUCAAGUCAACCACGUCUGCAAAUUCUGGAUCACGUCUCGAAAGAUCACCAACACAGUCCGUAGAUCGAAUCUCCGGCGCUCCAAAGGCACAAAUACACCCUCUCAGUUGGACAUAGAAGUUACUGGCGACCGUCUUCAUUAUUUGUAUGCUUUCAUUAUUCCCAACUAUUGUGAGCCUGAAGGUCUACUGAGAAGUACUAUUGAGAAAAUAGCCUCUCAUUCUUCUGCAAAGACCAAUUACUGCAUAAUUUUGGGUAUGGAAGAGUCCGAAAAGGACCAUACAGAUAAGGCCAGGCGUCUUCAAGAUCAUUUUCAAGGCCGAUUUGCUCAUUUCAUUUCCACUCACCAUCCUACUAAUAUUCCUGGAGAGUCUCGCGGAAAGGGAUCUAAUGUGGCUCAUGCAGCUCGCCAUGGGUGCCGUGAAUUGAUGGAGCGUGGGGUUUGCCGUUCUAAAGUCAUCUUGACUGUGACUGACUCUGACGCCGAUAUUCCAGAGCUGUAUAUCCGAGAAGUCGAAGACACACUCAACCGAUCGGAUGAUCCUUACCGUCUGAUCUUAGCCCCACCAAUCUUCUUUUCACGAAACUGUUUCAAAGUCCCGGCCGCAGUCAGGGUAACCGACAUUACAUGGUCAGCAAUGGUAAUGUCGAACCUGAGCAACAGCAGAGGACUCUCAUUUCCUUGCUCGACCUACAGCCUCUCAAUGGCACUAGCAGAACGAGUGGACUACUGGGACACGGACUCUGAUGCGGUUGGAGAGGAUAUGCACAUGUGGCUGAAAUGUUUCUUCCAGACCAAUGGCGAGGUCCGCACUGCGCCCAUAUACGUACCAAUUAAUCUCACAAACGUUCAGGCGAAAGGAUACAUGUCAAACAUCAAUGCUCGUUAUGUCCAGGCCAAACGUCACUACAAUGGAGUCGCAGAUGUAGCCUACACAAUCAAAAGCAGCUUUUCGGUCCUUAUGGGAAAAUCUGAUGGUGGGUGUCUUGGAAGCAUUGGUGGCAAUGGCUUGUUAGAAAUAACCUCGCCGUCUAGCUGGGAAGACAAGCUACGUGUGUGUUGUCUUAUUCUUGAGGCCCAUAUGAUUCCAGCCACGUCUGGAUGGUUAAUGUUUGCUGCAGUGCCACUUAUGCAGUUCUUGCUCUUCCCUCCCUUUCACUCUUUGGCAUUUGUGGAUCCAGCCCAGAACCCACUUCUGGCGUCAGAGUUCUAUGCCCAGCUCUGGUCUAUGGUCAAAAUAAUCACUCUGCUUCUUCCAUUCCCGCUCUUUGCUACCCUUGCGAUCUAUGAAUCACUUCACCGAUUUAUUGAUCGCGAACUUCUUUGCAAGUCUGAGACUAGACGGCUGAGACAUCUGUUUGACUACACAAUGCUACCGGUGGCCGCAUGGUUGUUUAUGACCCUUCCCUCGACCCUUGCUUGCAUGAAGCGUCUGUUGAAGCGAGAAGAGCAUUAUGUUGUGGCCGAGAAGUUCUUUGAUGACAACGAAAAGAUCAUUGUUCCAGUUGAUCAAUUAAUUUAA